CGUUGUCACUCAUUCGUCAAACAGUUACGAAAGCAGGCAGCGUGUCCUGUUGGUUCCUGUUUUUAUUGUAGGUUACAUUCAUGUCAGUUCAAGGCCAGCAGACUUAGUCCAAAUUAUUGAAGCGUUAUAGUAACCUGCGUCGAUAAAACCGCAGUCCCUCAGUUGCAGGAAUUGAACCUGCUGUGUUACAAACGGUUAACGUCAGUUUAGCAGUCCGCUAGCUAACGUGACGUUUCACCGAGGUUUGCUGAGAAGCUUGACACAGCCUUUCAACUGUCCAGAGGAGUCAAGGUGAAUGCACGUAACGUUGGGUUUCCACACUGUUACCCCCCUCCUCUCAUUCUGCCUCUCUGUGUUUGCAGUAUUGCCGCAGUGGUACAGCCCUUAACUCAGCAUGCACCCUGACCUGUCACCUCACCUCCACACAGAUGAGUGUAAUGAAUUGAUAACUCGCCUGAUGCAGUGUCACACGGAGCACAAUGUCCUGAAGUUCUUUGGCACGUGUAAUGAUAUGGACCGCGCUAUGCGUCACUGCCUAAAGAAAGAGAGACUGGAGAAGCGGGAGCGCAGCAAGCAGCAUGCACAAGAGAUGAGACGGAGGCUGAAAGGAAAGCCCAUGGAGCAGCUCUGAAGGACAUUUUUACUGCAACUUUGCCACUAUUCAGAUAAUGGGACAUUGAAUUAAGAAUGACACGGUGAAACAUGCCUCCCCUGGUGUUUUUAUAAACCAUCAUGGUUAAGAUGCAUAGCUUACUCCUUGCGUGAGCCCUCCUUUUAUCCCCUGUGAGGACUAAAACUUGCAGUGUUACAAAAACAAUUUUAGAAUUACAUAAAGACAACAGCAUCUAGUACUUUGGAUCAAAGAUUGCUUUAUGGUAUCAUCAUUUAUUCCCCCUCUGCAGUAUUGUACAGCUCCAUCAAAGAGAUAAGUGUAGCUGCUUAUGUUGGCAGGACACAUCAGGAAUAUUCUGGUGGCUGUUUUAUUCAUGGGAACAGGGAAAGUCAAUUUCAGGGUAUCAGAUGCAUGGAAUAAAGACCCAAAACAGGACGGCCAGUGGCUGUGUUUUACUCUCAAAGUAAACAUACACCCAUGGACAUGCAUAUCGAACACACUCAUUGAUGUGUGAAGGUUUUAUUUGAACUGUAUUAAAUUGCGUUUUAAUAAAUUAAAAUUAUCAGUAAGUUUAAGAAUCAA